AUGAGGCCCUUCGAAGACAAAAUAAUUCCUGCCCCUGGAAAUCUCCCCAACGUCCCUGCCGACUCCCAACGCGUUUUCCAGGUUCUCAAGUCAGGCGGUGUGGUUAUCUUGCCGACCGAAGUGGGCUAUGGAUUGAUGGCCACAUCUGCGGAAGCUAUUGACCGGGCCUUCGUUGCGAAGCGACGUCGACCAGGUCACGCUCAGGGUCUAUAUGGAACCCAUGAAUUGCACCAAGAACUUCACAUCCUGGACAGCCGGCGGUUCGAAAUGACACGUGUGCUAGUCGAGGACCUAGAUAUGAGCUUCAUGGCCGUUGCACCAUGCCGUAACGAUCAUCAUCUUCUUCAGGCUUUGUCGCCACAAACCCUGUCAAAGGUCACCAAGGACGGCACUAUCGCUAUGUUCAUCAGUUGCAGUUCACUUCUGAGAGAGAUUUGCAGACUUAACGCUAGUUCAGGCCAGCUCAUGGUAGGAUCUAGCGCAAACGUGUCAGGUAGCGGACAGAAAUUCCGUGUCGAAGAUAUUGAGGAUGACCUCAAAGACGCAGCGGAUUUGAUUGUCGAUUAUGGUCUUCAACGCUAUCAUGUGUAUGGACGACCUUCUCUCAUUAUGGAUUUUGACCAGAUGAAGAUCUUACGAAUGGGGUCCUGCUAUGAAUUGUUCUGCGAGCGCAUGCGGAAAUUUUGGGGGGUGGACCUGCCCGAGGACCCUGAUUACAAACAUUAA